AUGUCGACAAACCCCCCCAGCGAAGCAGACAUAAUCUUCAACCGCGCCAACAUCGCCUUGGCCCGCAGCCAACGCCUCGUCGCAUCAUGGCUUCCGCCGCGAACGAGCACAUCCGAACCCACUGAGUCUGGAGGGGAUAAGCAGCAAGAUGAUGAUGAGGUAUUUACCGCUGUUCCUGAACGACUCGGUCUCGGCGCACCGGUACCCGUGAAAGAUGCGUUUAAUAGUCUGAAUACCUCCGGCACCGGCGGUAAUAAAUUAGACGAUAAGUUGAGGCAGAGAUUGUUGGGGCGGAAUGCGAAGAAGUUUAUGCAGCAGCAGCAACAACAACAAAAGCAACAGCAGCAAGCAGCGCGCGGAAAGACCGGACCAAGUGACGGUGUGAAUGCGAAAGCGAAAGAAAUAGAGGAUGAAGAGGAUGAGGAGGAAAGCCGGACGUCCUUAGGGAAAGGGAAGAAGAAGCAGCAGCAGCAGCAGCAUACCCAAAAACAGGCGCUGAAUAAUGAGUCUGAGGACAAUACGACGGGACCCGAUGAUACAAAUGGCGUGGAUGAGACGAGUGUCAACGACAGCAGUGAGCCGCAAAUACCUGCCAUACCUACCAUACCAUCCAACAAACGUAAAAAGACGGGCAAAGUCAGUUACUUGGAUGAAUUAUUACAGGAUCGGAAAAAGAAGAAGAAAAAGCGGGUGGAAUGA